UAUGUGUUGGUUAACAACUGCGAUCAGCGAUUCUUCAGAAGCUUCUUUUCUAGAUGACGGCGGACAACGGAGUGAAGCUCGUUAUCUUCGACAAGGAUGGUACCCUCGUGGAUUUCCACCGUAUGUGGCUUCCAUGGGCCGAGACCACAGUAGAACUACUGGAAAAAGCAACUGGAAAGCCUGUUGGACCGGCUGUGUACAAAACGCUUGGAGUCGAUCCCAUUAAAGGAAGGGUUUCCAUGGGCGCACUUGCAGAGAAGACGCUCUUAGGUAUUCGCGCUGAUGUCUCGGCCACCCUCCAGACCUUCGGAAUAAGUGCAGUGGAAGCCGACGCUAUUGUAGAGCGAGGAGUGCCAGAAGCCGCCAAUGGCGUUACAGUUCCGGUGUGCGAUCUAGUCAAACUCUUCCGUGAGCUCCGUGCUCUCGGCUGCAAGACUGCUGUUUGUACGUCCGAUAGCAGAAGAGCUACCGAGGAACAAAUGCACGUGUUAGGAAUAGCGAGUAUGGUCGAUUUUAUAGUUUGCGGAAACGAUGCUGGCAUCAUUCCAAAACCGAGCCCACACUGUGCUGUUCAAAUAUGCAAACGGCUCGGAGUGCCACUGAAUCAAGCAAUAGUGGUUGGCGACACGAUCGCUGACUUGAAAAUGGGUCGUGUAGCCGGUCUACGGGCUAGCGUUGGCGUUUUGACUGGAGUAGGCAACAGAGAUACACUCAAGGAGUACACGGAUUACUUUCUAGACAACGUCAGCGAGCUCCCAUGGCUUAUUUCGACAAAGAUAAAUGAGAAUAUGAAAAGAGGAUAAAGUUGUCCGUCCGUGCCAAACGUACUGACUAACUAUUGACAAUACUUAUUGUGCCAUUUUAACUGAAUUACGGUAACAGUGAUGGGAAUGUGCGGG